AUGACCCUCUCCUCCCUCCUCGCCCUCCCCUCCACCACCACCACCACCACCACCCCCGGCCGCGCCCGCCCUUCCAGAUCCAAACCCGACAUCUUCACCGCCCACAACAAAGGCGCCAAAAAGCGCGCCCUGGCCGACAUCUCCGGCCCGCAAUCCCACGCCCGGACCAGCGACGCCGUCGACGCCGCCACGCUGCACCGUUCGAAGCGGAAAAUGGAGGACAAGGCCAGACUGUACGCGAGCAUGAAGCGCGGCGACUACGUCCCCCCGGCCGACGGCGGCACGAACAAGGAGGAAAACGCGCUCGUGGAUUUCGAUCGCAAGUGGGCCGAGGCGGACGAGGCGGGCGAGGCGGGGCGAUACGAGACGGAAUCCGACGAUGGCGGGGACAGCGUCGACGACGGCGGGGGGGGGGGGGGGAGACGGUGGAAUACGAAGACGAAUUCGGCCGUCUCCGGCACGGCACGCGAGCCUCGGCGGCGCGGGAGCUCCGCCGCCGCGACGCCGCCGCGUACGCGGAGGAAGAGCUGGGCCGCAUGCGGGCGCGGCCGGCGCGGCCGGAGGGCCUGA